CAGCUGCAUACACGGACGCAAGGAAUUUGUUAUCGGUGCCGUGGAAAACUCUUUUUAGCACUGUAAACCCUCUGAUAGUGGUUCAUGGAGCUUUGAGAGCAGGAGUAUUCACCAAUCGGCUUGAGUUAGCUUUGACACUCUACUCCCCGAACCAGCUCUUUAGAUUGUCUUUUGUGCCCCAACGCUAAAUUCUCCAUGCCACAUGGAUAUCAACGCAGGCUUGGAUGAGAUCCAUCACAUCGACGGCCUGAUUAAUCCUAAGCCAAGUUCAUGGGUGUAUUAUUGUCUAUUAGCUUUUGCUAUCUUCAAAGCUUUCAUGAUAUUCAUCUGUCUUGGCGUAAUCAUCAUACCGAUCUACCUAAAUGGAGUGGGUUCAAGAAAGCACUUAUGGCUAAUCCGGCGUACUCAUGUUGAUUCGAGUAGCAUACCAGUCCUGGUACCCAAUAGGUCUUUGGUCGUAGCAUUGCUCGAGCUGGUGGGAUCAACCAUGUUUUUCUUUCACAUAUGCUUAAAUUACCUUGCCACGAAUCAUCCGCAGGUCACACUGACCAAAGCUGUAAUUUGGGAUGCAAUCGGAGGCCUCCCAUCGUGGCUGUCUAUUUGGUUGACAGGAUGGAGCUUGCUUCACACUUGUCAAGGCCGGCGUCACGGCUCCAGUAAUACAAAUGCUCGCUUUCCCCCGCCUUGGGCUUACAACAUUACGUGGAUAUCUGGAUGUUUCCUGGCGAUCGUUUUGGCUGCUUAUGCUUGCAAUAAGUUCAGUCUAAUGUCAAGUGAACUCGGCCUUGACCUACGCAAUCUUCAUGAAAUGAUGAUGCAAAGGUCCGGCCUCCGGGCUGACCCAGAAAUCCAAACUUUGGCAUCGGAAAUGCAAGAUGAAAUCCAGAACUUCCACGCCGAGUUGGCGGCACAGAAAAAAGUCCUGACAGGAUGGGUAACGGGUUGGAUGGCUUUUGGGAUCGUACUGGUGCUUUUUUAUAUCUUCAUAUUACAAUUACUGGUGCGAAAGAUCCGAAAGGUUUUAAGAUUAUGUGAAGCAGAACAUUUUAGGUUUUUAAGCCAGACGUGCGACCAAGCCUUACACAAUGAAAAACUGAAGAUUGUCGAAAAAUCACUAGCCCCCCUUCAUGCGUUACGACAGGAAUUACGACUCUUGAUGUUCUCUAGCUUCUCCAUCAUGAUGGUGUUGUUAGCAGAGGUUUCUAUCUGCGCUUGCCGCUAUUGGUCACUCAAGACGGAGCAUUUAUCCGUAUUUAUGUUGGAAUUCUCCUUGAUUUCUGCAAUGAUACCUAGCGUGUUUAUGUCGCCUGUACUUCUUAUCCAGUGUUGGAAAGGCUUGAUAUCGCAUGCUCCCAUCCACGAUCCCCCAGAAAGGGCCGCUCGUCAACAGAAGGGCCUUACAGAUGGAAUGGAGAUGGGGCGCAUCAAUAAGGCUGGAUGGAGUUGUCUAAUGGACAAGCAUACCGCGGAAACGUCUUCCCAAAACUCGACAAAAUUCCAAUUACCUGCAUUUUACCAAAGGUUGUUCUGGUGGUAUGCCAAUCCCGAUACCGACGAUGUAGACUGCUUACAUAUUCAAAGCAACUACCCCCCAUCAACGGUACAACUGUCCACAGCUUCCCUUGUCUCGGUCGAUCCUGAAUGCAGCCGAUUGGAAUUGAGAUCCAUUCAGCUUUCCGAGGUUCCAGAUUCUCAUCACCACUAGUAAAUAAAAUUCCAAAAUAAAUUUGUCAUUCCAUCUCCCGGUGUUAAAUUAUAAAGAAUCUGUUGUGUUGCUAGCGCAUUAAAUAGAGAGCCGGAUGUUCUUCAUAUUCUCACACUAAUGCUAUAUUUGAAAUUGUUGUAAUGGACAUACAUACUUUAUAUCGGG